AUGAAGUUCCUCGUCCCCGUCGCUCUGGCGACCUUUGCAACUCUCGCCUCGGCAACGAACCACAACAACGACAACGACAACAAGGACGACAACAAAUGCGACGCCCUGGAAGGCAAGAUCCCCAUCUGCGCCCAGCCCUGCGUCAACUUCGCCGCCAAGCAGUACUGCACGCCCGGCGACCUCGACUGCGGCUGCGCGCCCAAGACCAUCGAGAAGAUCAUCGCCGACUCGGCCACCUGCGUCUCCAACGCGUGCAAGGGCCAGGGACCCGUGUUUCCCCCGCUGCGCACCUGGUGCCAGUGCAUCGUCGGCGGGAAGCCCACGUCCACGCCCACGCACACGACGACCAAGAAGCCCACGCCCACGCCCACGCCUACCUGCGCGGCGGAGGCGUCCAAGGUUCCCCAGUGCGCCAACUCAUGCGUAAACAAGGAGUUUGCCAAGAUUUGCGACAAGGGCGACACCAAGUGCGGGUGCGUGCCUGGGAACCUGGACAAGAUCAUUGAGCGCUCGGCGGACUGCGUGGCCAAGGAGUGCAAGGGUCAGGGGCCGGUGUUUCCUCCGCUGCGGAACUGGUGCGAUUGUAUCAAUGGAGGCAAGACGACGACGACGACGUCCAAGACGAGCACCUCCAAGACCAAGACGUCCACGAGUCACUCUCACACCUCGUCUCACACCUCUCACACCUCUCACACGGAGAGCCACACCUCUCACACAAAGACGCAUAGCUCUCACACAAAGACGCAUACCUCACACACCAAGACACACUCCGUGACGUCUUCGCAUACUUCGGCAACGGCAAGCCAGACGUCGUCGACGACGACGAGCAAGCCCACCUCCUCCCACGCAACCUCCAACUCGACUACGACGACGUCCAAGCCCGCCCCCUCCUCCUCCAAGCCCGUCACCCUGACGUCGACCUUUACCACCACAAAGGUACACACUAUCACGUCCUGCCCCCCGACGGUCACGGCCUGCCCGACCGGCGGAGUCAUCACCGAGACCAUCGUCACCACCACGACCUGGUGCCCCGAGACGGAAGCCCCUCCCGCGCCCACGAGCUCGCCCUGCGAGACGGAGACCGUCGUGCCCGUCCCCACCGGCCCGCCGGCCGAGACGCAGACUGAAGUUCCUGUCCCUACGGGUCCGCCCGCCGAGACGCAGACCGAGGUUCCUGUGCCUUCCGGCCCGCCCGCUGAGACCCAGACAGAAGCUCCCGUCCCUACCGGUCCGCCUGCCGAGACGGAGACGGAAGCUCCUGUGCCUACGGGCCCGCCCGCCGAGACCCAGACCGAGGUGCCCAUCCCCACGAACCCGCCGGUCCCUACUCAGGUCACCCCCGGCCCUGGCGCCCCAGGCGGCAACUCGACCGUCACGUCGUCGCCUCACCCUCCCGUCGUCACCGCCGCAGCCGCCAUGAUGCAGCGCAGCGGCACCGGGCUCGUGGUCGGCGCUGUCGCCCUCUUUGCCGGCUUUGCUUGGCUCUGA